UUGUUGUUGAAACUGAGGCAGUUUGUGUUUGAACGAUGGAGACGGACGCUGCAGCGCCAGACUUCAGGUGACGCGCUCAGACAGUCAAGUGUGCGGCAGGACGCACAAACUCCGUCACCAACAUGAUCAGAGUCACAUGUCGUGCAGCCAGUCGUGUCCUCUAUCCCGGCGUGCGCUGCUUCUCCGGUGGAGAAGUGACUGAAGAUGCUCCUGAAUGGGCUGGAGCUCCACAUCUCACAAAGCAGGCGUCUCUCUAUGUACACUGGCCUUACUGUCUCAGGAGGUGCUCCUACUGCAAUUUUAACAAGUAUAUACCCAAAAAGAACAACGACCACAUCAUGACUAAGUGCCUUCAGUGGGAGACUGAAACACUGCUGCAGCUCAGCCAAGUAUCCUGCAUCACCUCUGUGUUUUUCGGUGGUGGGACUCCAAGCCUGACUCACCCCUCCACCAUCGCCGCCAUCCUUGAAACCGUUAGCAGGCGGGCGAGUCUUUCAGAUGAGGCUGAAGUCACGCUCGAGGUCAACCCCACUCCUUCGGGGAUGUCAAAGUUAGAGGAUUACCACCGAGCUGGGGUGAACCGCUUCUCCAUUGGGGUCCAGUCUUUGCAGGAUGAGGACUUGGAAAGCCUGGGAAGAGACCACAGCUCUCAGGAUGCUUUGAAAACUAUUGAAGAAGCCAGGAGGCUCUGCCCCGGCAGGGUGUCGGUGGAUGUCAUGUUCGGGCGGCCCAAACAGACGGUUGAAUCCUGGGAAAGAGAGUUGUCUGAGCUGUUGAGGGUUUGCGAUGACCACGUGUCUCUGUACCAGCUGACCCUGGAGAGAGGCACCCAGCUUUUUAAACAGGUACAAUGCGGGCAAGUGACCGUGCCCACUGAGGAAGAGACGGCAGAGAUGUACCAGUGUGCCAGGAAGACUCUGCACCAGCACGGUUUCCUGCAGUAUGAGGUGUCUAAUUUUGCGAGACAUAACUCAGUGAGUCACCACAACAUGAGCUACUGGAAAGGAGAACAAUACAUCGGGGUCGGCCCAGGAGCACACGGGCGGUUCGUUCCUCUCGGGGAGGGAGGAGUUUUUCGGGAAGCCCGGACCCAGACCCUGGAGCCUGACGUGUGGAUGAGGGAGGUCCAGCAGAGGGGACAUGGGACACGGAGGCGGAUUCAACUCAGUCAUCUUGAACUAUUGCAGGAGGUGUUGGUGAUGGGAAUGAGAAUGACCAAGGGCAUUAAUCACAAGCACUGGCGGUUGUUUAGCCCCCAGAUAGGCCUCCACAAAAUCCUUGGUGCAUCUAUGGAUGUCCAGGAGCUGCUGCAGAGUGGACGACUGAUUCUUGAUGACAGGGGGCUGCGCUGCUCCUGGGAUGGACUGGCCCUACUGGACAGCAUACUUCCAACUCUGCUGGUGGAGCUGGAAAGACAAAUUCUUCACAGGCCACAGAGUGUUUGCUGAUGGACAAACAAAGAAAACCCCAACCCUCGAGGGCAGUUGUGUUAACAGAGUGGAGAACUUCAUAAGAAGCAUGUUUGUAUGGGGGCAUUAUUGUUGCAAAACUAUUUGUCCAUGCAUAUGGAGAGUUAUCUGUCUGUAUCUCAAUCCGUAUGUCCGAAGUGAGAUUUGUCAGUGUGUAAAAGAAGCUGUCAAUGCGAACC